AAACAAGCAAGUCCAGAUCUGAGCGAGCGGCAAUUGCACAACCAGACGCGAGGGGUCUGUGAGAGCAACGUAGCUGCCAGGGCGGUGGCUAGGCGAGGCUCUGCCCUCUGAGCAGAUCAGUUCCCUAGCACUUGCCGUGUGCCGUUUCCCCAGCUGCAGUCAUGUCGAAGGUCCCAGCUGCGCCCACGGAGACGGAGCGCUGCAUCGAGUCCCUGCUGGCCGUCUUCCAGCGCUAUGCGGGGAGGAGCGACAGAGACGAAACGAUGCUCUCCAAAACGGAGUUCCUGGCCUUCAUGAACAGCGAGCUGGCCUCCUUCACCAAGAACCAGAAGGACCCGGCCAUCCUGGACCGCAUGAUGAAGAAGCUGGACUUGAACUGCGAUGGGCAGCUGGAUUUCCAGGAGUUCCUCAACCUCAUUGGGGGCAUUGCACUGGCCUGCCACGAUGCCCUGUGUAAAGGGGGUCCCGGUGGCCCCAAGAAACUGUGACCCCUUCUCCCGGUGCCCUGCAUUCACUGCACCCCACGGCAAACAUUCCACAAGCACCUGAGCAAGACCAAGACAGAGCUGGAAACCCUCCCGCCCCCGCAACUUUGUAUUAAUAAAUUGAUGGGAUGAAACUCUC